AUGGGGAUCUGGGAUCACAUAACUUCAACAGCCGAUUCAGUGAAUCGGCAUGCAAUAACACCUGCAAAGAACAUAUGCUGGACCUCUUACUCUUACGGUCGUGCUGCUGUUACCACCAUCGACACCGCCAUCAGAGGCAACGCCAUCCCCAAGUUAAACCAGCAACUACAAGACAAGGAAACCCGGUCCAUGAUGGGCCAUUUGGCCACCAAUUGUGUAAAAAACGCUGCAGUUUUUGCCGCUCGCGAAAGCGUCAAAUCUGUUCCUGGUGGGGGGCCAAUUUAUGACAUCGUUUCAAAAUCAAUUGCAAAGACAGAAGAGAGAGUGAUGAAUGAUUAUAAAGAGAAGACAAACAAGUUGGAAGCUGAGCUUAAGGAAUUGAAGAAAGAAAUCAAUGAAUUGAAAAGAUUAGGUCCUCAAUACGAGGCAGAUAAUGAAAGGAGCACAGCCACAGUGGAUUGUUAUGAACAACCAAAGAUGGUGAACAAAAAACAAGGUGUAGGGGUCAGAAAUUUUAUGUAUAGACAACAACCAGACAGUGCGAUGCGGUGUUUCAUGAUGGAGGGGUUUGUUGCUGUGUUUGAUGGGGUUGAGUAUGAGAAUUAA